CACACCGUCUCUUGGCGAACAUGGCGGCAACUUGACAACGGCAGCGAGAUGAAGGCGGUGAGGGCUUGAAAAAGAAAAGAGGUCCGUUACAGGCUGUAGGCCCAUCCGCCGACACAAAGGCAGACAGCUUCGCCAUGUUGGAAGAGGAUAGCGCCCUUGUCCCUGCACGACCGAGGCCGGGGAAAACGUAAACGCGUCGGUGAGUGUUUCUAAAAACGGAGUCGAGGCUACGCAGAGGAGCCGAGCGGCGCGGCGCGGAGCUCAAGGCGGACGGGAGGACAGCGGCUUCACCGGUCAGCCAUGGAGGAUGCGGCCCGUGGUCGCCAGCGUCUGAUUUGCCAUCCAACCCACGCUCAUUUUAAUGGGAAUUGCCGCUGAUCGCAAAGGCAAGCCGGGACAACCCACCACCCGACACCUGAGGGGAGGAAAACGCGAAGCGGACCCCACGUCAAUGACUGUUGCGGCAGAGGAGCCCCCACGGUGGAGUCGGCCGGUUCCCAAAAUAUGACCAGGGGUGCUGGGACGUGUUGGCAGCAAGAAGAUGACGACGGCUUCCAAAUCUGGCUAGAGCCCCCCCGCGACAACCAAAAGCCAUUCACCGACUCAGAGAGGGCGCAGAGAUGGCGACUGUCCUUGGCAUCCCUCUUGUUCUUAACCAUCCUCCUCUCUGAUCACCUGUGGUUCUGCGCCGAGGCCAAACUGGCCUGGACCCGGGACAAGUUCGCCUCCUCCCACCACCUCUCACCCCAGACCCACUCAGCACACAGCAGCCUCAGAGGAAACCCAUAUGCUAUUUUUAUAGGAAACUCUACCAAACAUUUGUGGCGGCUCGAAACUUGCCGCCAGGAUAGUUUAUCUAAGAACUGCUUCGCUUUCGCAGACGCCGACCAUUUGUGCAGGGGCCUUUCCGACAAAGAGGGGACGCGGGCUGUAAAUAUGAGCGAUUUGUACCUCUCCUUUUGUAACUCCUACUCUCUGCUGGAUUUGUUCUACGGGUCGACGAGUCCGGACAAUUUGAACUGCAGCCUCGACGUGCUCGGCGAUGGCGACACCAAUAGAUGCAGCCUGUGCGUCCAGGCGUACCAGCGCUACGACCAGCACGCCCAGGAGAAAUACGAGGACUUUGAGCUCCUGACUCAGAAAUAUGAGCCGGGGGCAUAUUCGGUGAGGACGUGCAUGGAUCAGUGCAAGACGGCCUACAAGCCCUGGCUGUGUGCUCAGUAUUUCCCCACCAGCCAGCAGUCCUGUCAGAAGAAGGUACCGUGCCACCAGUACUGCCUGGAGGUCCAGCAGAGCUGUCCGUUCAUCCUGCCCGAUAACGACGACCUGAUCCAUGGUGGCAGCCCCAGCUUCAUCUGCACAGGGCUUUUGGGAGAUCAUCCAUCAGACAGUGAGGCGGAGUGCUGUGAUGUCCGAUGGGACUCCAAAAUGGACAACCCUACAGGCGGGACACUAAAAAGGACUGCUUCUUCCUGCCAGCCCGAGGGGGCCUCAGUCACCUCCGCUGCCAGCCCGAGACUGUGCAGCGGGCGACUGAAGAUCUGCCUGCUGGCCCUUGUCCUCCUACACACUGUCAUCAUCAUUUCAGCCUCCCAUAAUUCUACGUUGGUGGGCAUGGCUGCCAUUUUCUCACCAGAGGAGAGUGCUUCUAAUGAGGAGUGAACCUUGGGCUUGAAUCAAGGCUGGAGUUUGUAAAGAGUGAUGUCGUUCGAGAGGAUUAUGGCUUUUACAAUGUCAUGGCUGCCAGGGACACAUCUGGCAAGACAUGCUGGAACGCCUCUACAAUCUGCCACAGAUGAACCAUCAACCACAGGACGUGGGAGGGUUUUAACUGGAGUUAAGGGUGCUGGGAUUGGACAUCGACGAACCAAGAUGUUUGAGAACCGCCCCACUAAAGAACUGACCUCUUGCCACUUGAAACCUGCUCAUUGUUUCUAUUCCAUCCAAAUGUUUUCUAGCAUAUUGUCCCUCCUCUCCGUCCCUUCCUUCCUCCCUUCCUUCCCUCCAACCUCUCCCUCCGUUUUCGUUGUGUGUGUGUGGAUGGCACGUCACAGGAGAAAUGGACAUUGAUGAAGUGUGUGCUCUCUCUCUCAUCAUUAACCUUAGUUUUUUGCUGCAUUAUUUUCAGGUGCCAGAAUGUUUUGACAUAUCAACUGUGUUCCACCUCCUGCUCUCCAUCACCUUAGAGGCAUCCUCUUAACUAACUUGUAUGUGAUGUUGCUCGAGGGCCUGCCAGGACCAUUUCAUCCAUCCGUCAUAUGGGUCUCUGAAAACAAAAUGUUUGUGAUUCUUCUAUAUUCUGAUGUUCAGCUUGUAUUUUGUCCCACUAGAUCUUUUCUCAACCUAUUACGACGGUACAUGCCUACACGUUUUAGGACCUUAAGUGCUCUCAGACUGGUGCACUCUCUCUUCUAACUUGUUGGGCCAUUGAGCAAGUUAGGAGGGAUGAAGAUAGUGACGGUUCAGCUCAUGAUUACUGGGUGUUGCAGGAGUUGAUACUGCGCUUAGUCGCCAUGCAGUGCUUCUGGACAGGAAGUAGUGUUCUCCGGUUGCUAAAGUGUCCCGUUUACCUCAGACGGUAGUGUCGGUGUUGCAUACAGGCAGCCCAGUGGCUCGCCUUAAUGCCACAGUGAAUAUUUACAGUUGUCAUACAUGUUGACUGCAGGGACAUCCCAGGGACACAAGAGGACAGUCGCGUGAAAUCAAAACACAAGGGGCCUCACUUAUCGACCAUGUGUAAGCUAGUUUCUCCACACACAAUCCCAUUUAUCAGAUUCUUUUCAUGCUUGAGAAAGUGUGUACGUUUAGGACCACUCCUGACCAAUGGACCCACAAAACCCCAGUGGUACACAGGUGUAAUCACUGCUCCCUGCACUACAAACACACAAACCACAACUCAGCAUGCAAUCAUAGAGAGUCUAUAGCUUCAACUGUAGCUUAGUUACAAGAUUUAAAUCAAAUUCUCCAGAUUUGAUUGGAUCGCACAAAAGGGGGCGUGGCUUAGCAAAUAGUUAGGUCAAGUCAUUUGUAUUUAUAUAAUAUGAGAAAUAGCAAAUUUGCCUGGAGGGGCUUUAUAAUCUGUGUAGGAUACACCAUCCUCUAUCCUUAGACCCUUGAAUACAAGAUGAGUAAUAAAAAAUAUUUUUACAUUUUACAGGAAAAGAAGAGAGAUGGAUUUUGAUUUUGAUUUUGGAUUUUCAUUUUACUGUCUUUAAGGGAUACUUUGUCUGAUUUCUAUAGAGCUGCAUUAAUGAGCACCUGUGGCUCCGCAUAAGAGAUCCGGAGGAUCUGUCAGUGACAUUCAGUAGUAAACAAUCUGCAUUAAUAAAGUUACAAACUGUUGGGUUUCAGUACCAUUAAUUUUAAUUGGUUUAACUAAGACAGGUUUAUUAAGUGCAACAAUUAAAAAGAAAAUUUCUGAUCUUUGAAUUACAUUGAAAUGGUACAGCCAAUGUUUAUUUUCUGUAUUGCAAUUCAUUAUUUGAUCAUCAUGUAAAGUCAAAUCAUUUUUUUACCUUUAGCACUUGCUGUGUCAUAAUUUACUUUAGGCCAAGCCACACGGAGAAGCGUCGAAUAAAACUGUUUGGUUUUAGCGGAAGUUCAUGUAGUACUAUGGAAAUCUAGGAUUUUAUCUACAAAAUGUUUUUUGGAGAGAAAGGUUGUCAGUAGACAGCAUAUUUAUAGGGUAACCAAAGGCACAAUAUUGUUCCAACUAAACAAACUUGUCAGACUGUAGGGAGAUGUUCAUGAAUUGUGCACACCACAUGACUUACAGUCUAACUGCAAUCGCAAUUGACGACCACAACAAAUGAAUUGUGUAAAUGUUGUGGAACACAGUCAAAUAUAAAAUAACACCAUAAACACUGUAGGAACGCGAAAUGAGAAGUAUUUUCACAAGGCUAUAGGGAGGUGUUAUCAAACAUUGUUCAGUAAAUACCAGUUUUCUUCUUCGUAAUUCGACAUUUAGAAACUCGUCCUGCGCUUGGUUUGAUAAUUGAGGCCCCAGAUCUUUGAGUGCCUCUCUGCUGCGCAAGCCCAGUGAGGCAGAUACUGGCAAUGGAGCAAUAUAGAGAAAAAAAACAGCUGAUGUCAGCGUCCUACUUUGUGGCCUCUACACUACUGUCGCCUCGACUUUUCGGUAUCGUAGUUGUGCAAGUGACCAAGAACCACCCAAUCAAUCAAUCAAUCAAUCUGUCGACUCUUAAAUCACCCCUUAGACAAGCUGAUCAACCACUAUCUUUCACAGACUAGCAAAGGGCUGUGUUAGUGUCAGCGUGCGAGGAGUGUGAGGAGUUUUAAAGGGCUGAUCCAUUCGAUUUUGUUGUUUUUUUGGUUUGUUUUUUUUGUUUGCAUGGCUAAUGCUACUAAAGUGCACAUUGACAUGAGGACAGGUCACGCGGGGAUUAGGAAGAGUUUAAACUCCCCUUUUUAGCUGUAGAUUGGAAAGAAAAAGACAUUUAUCUAAUGCUACUAUCUGAUACCAUGAGCAACUAGUGAUAUGCCAAAAAGGAAAGCAAAGGAUGCUAAAUCUUACUAAUGAAGCUGUUUGUUUUUCCUCCAUCCUGGUUGCCUCUAAUGAUCAGUUACGGACAAAUUGGAGUUUUAACUUAACCUCCAAAUUGUUCUUGGCUGUGAAAAGAUGGUAUCAGUGCCUCCUCCCUUUCCCAUUAACAGCUUGACCUUGCCUCACAUCAUGUAAUGACCAUUGACCUGCUCUUCACAUACACACACACACACCCACAGAGCAUCAGAGUGGGAUGUCACAUGGAAGUCCAGUCUAAGCUUGCCUCUGGAUUUUACUCUCUGAUUCCUUUUUGCUUGAUAUUCUCGUGUGAUGUGUCGUUUUGUUCGUUUGUUUUCCUUGACAAACUGUGUUGACGAGAACUACAUUCCCUUGAAGACAGCAGCGGAUGUAACAGGCCCACACUUUGUGCUCCAUCCCUUCAAUCUCUAGCUGUCCAUGCUCUGAGUCCUGUGGAUCUAUGCAGAUGAACCCCACCCCAAACUAACCCACCCACUUUCCCCUAACCACCACCACCACCACAAACCCCCUUGUCCUUUCUGUUGUAAAUAUGUCCUGAUGAUGUGGGAUCCCAAAAUGGCCACCUCCCCUUCCCAAACCUCCCCUACCCCCCCACUGUUGGAAUCUCAGUGUUUUCUGUUCGCCUCCUUGGUUUUUGUCUGUUUUUUGAGAUUUUUGCCGCAUUUUUCUGUUGUCUAAAGCAGUGGUGUGAGUUGAUGAGUAGGACUAAGUUGGAUGUUAAAAAGAUGAGAUAAAGAGGUCUUGAGAAAAAUAUACAAAAAAAAUGAAGCUUGAAUUGAGAAAAGGGUUCAAAUAUAGAGAAAAAAUUAUGAUAAAGUUGUCAUAUUGUCAUACUAGAGAUGCUUUAGUUUGCUAAUUUACUUUCUUUUUUUUCUACAAAAGACUUGGAUGAAAUUAUUUAUAAAAUGCGUCCCACAAGUCAUGAUCUUUUUUGGACGUAAAACAAAUACAUUUAUUAACAUUUUGUUC